CAAGGGAAUCACUCGCCGCCAAGGACUGGAUCAGACACGAGUAAAUUCAGCAAAGUCAUCGGAUCAACUGCCGCCGCCAAGGACUGGAACAGACACGAACAGUUGUUAGUCAUCAAACAACUCAUACUUCACCGCCAAGGACUGGAACAGACAUGA